AAAAAAAUAAUCAUUUCCCCUGUAGUAUAUAGUUUCUCCCUACACUCGCAUGACUCUCACAGAAUCCGGCGGAAUGGAGAACAAGGACCCAGAAACGGCGGCCGGCAAGCACCGCCGCCUCUCGCCGCCGGCGUUGCCGUGGUCGGUUCGGCUCCAGGUCUUCAGUCUCGUCACCGCCGUCGACCUCGUGCAGCGCGCCGAUGGCACCGUCAACCGCUUCCUCUUCUCCUUCGCCGACCGCCAGGCGCCCGCCACGGCGCGCCCGGACGCCCACGGCGUCCGCUCCGCCGACGUCGCCGUCGACGCCUCCCGCGGGCUCUGGGCGCGCGUGUUCUCCCCGUUGAGCGCCGACCGCCCACUCCCCGUCGUCGUCUACGUCCACGGCGGCGGCUUCGCGCUGCUCACCGCGGCCUCCACCUUGAUGGACGCCAUGUGCCGCCGCUUCUGCCGCGAGCUCGGCGCCGUCGUCGUGUCGGUCAACUACCGCCUCGCCCCCGAGCACCGCUUCCCCGCCGCCUACGACGACGGCGUGGACGUGCUCCGCCACCUCAGCGCGAGCGGCCUCCCCGCGGACGUCGCCGUCCCCGUCGACCUCUCCCGGUGCUUCCUCGCCGGCGACAGCGCCGGCGGCAACAUCGCCCACCACGUGGCGCAGCGAUGGGCCUCCUCCGUCUCCAGCCCCAUCCGCCUCGCCGGCGUCAUCCUGCUGCAGCCGUUCUUCGGAGGCGAGGAGCGGACGGAGGCGGAGCUGAGGCUCGAGGGCGUGGGCGCGGUGGUGAACAUGAGGCGCGCGGACUGGUGCUGGAGGGCGUUCCUGCCGGAGGGAGCCGACCGGAACCACCCGGCGGCGCACGUGACCGACGAGGCCGACCUCGCGGAGGGGUUCCCGCCGGCGAUGGUGGUGGUGGGCGGGUACGACACGCUGCAGGACUGGCAGCGGCGGUACGCCGCGACGCUGCGGCGGAAGGGGAAGGCGGUGCAGGUGGUGGAGUUCCCGGAGGCGAUCCACUCCUUCUACGCCUUCCCGGAGCUCGCCGACUCCGGCAAGCUCGUGGCGGCGAUGAGAGCGUUCGUGGAAAGCAACUCGGAUGCUUAGAAAUUGUCCCUUGCAUUCGAGUUCGUUUCGACGAGGAUGAUUUGAAUUGAAGUAUUGACGUGUACUGCAACUUUAUAUAUUUGGCUCAAAUUUGAUCAAUUCUGAAUAAAAUUAUAGGGUUUAUGCUAA